AUGUCAUCUCCGGCUGCUCAGAAUGCGGACCGCGCCAUUGGAAGCAUGUCUCGUUUCCCGACCACCGCCGAAACCCCUGCCAUCGACGCAGACCACAAGAACAUCGUUACUUCCGCUCAAGACGGAAAGAUCAAGGAGACAGAAAGCAAAUCCAUUGGUAACCAGCCUGCCAAUGUCGCUGAUGUCCCCACCAUCGACGGAGCUGCUACCGCAAGCACCCGACCUGUAGGCGUUUACUACCCCUCCCGUCGUCCGAACAUCUUCAGGGCGCGGGCCAAGCAUCUUCGGUUUCCCGAAUUUGACCACAAGCCCGUCACAAGCGAUGCCGUCGACAAGUCUGCAGGCGACAUGGAAGAGGAUGACGAUGAGUUCACCAUGGAGGACUUGGAGGAGCUUCAGUCCGCCCAGAAGGAGGAAACGGAGAAGAAGACGAAGAAGUUUGUGAGCAUAGUCCAGCAAACCACGUGGGGAUCUCGAGUGGAGGACUUGGGGACAGUUCAUGAGGUUGAGGAGGAGUAG